AUGGGACAAGCAUUUAGUUUUGCAAAUAUAUUUGGGAAAUUGUGGGGUAUACAAAAAGAAAUAAGAAUACUUAUAUUAGGAUUAGAUGGUGCAGGAAAAACAACAAUAUUAUAUCGAUUACAAAUGGGUGAAGUAGUAACAACAAAACCUACAAUUGGUUUUAAUGUUGAAACUUUAAAAUAUAAAAAUAUAACUUUAAAUAUAUGGGAUUUAGGUGGUCAAACUUCAAUAAGACCAUAUUGGAGAUGUUAUUAUUCAAAUACUUCAGCUGUAAUAUUUGUGGUUGAUUCUACUGAUAAAGAUCGUAUAGAUACUGCAUGUAAAGAAUUACAUACAAUGUUAAAAGAAGAAGAAUUACAAGAAUCUGCUUUAUUGGUAUUUGCAAAUAAACAAGAUCAACCUGGUGCAAUGACAGCAGCUGAAGUAUCACAAGCAUUAAGUCUAACUGAUUUAAAAGAUAGAAGUUGGAGUAUUGUUGCAUCAAGUGCUAUAAAGGGAGAAGGUUUAAAUGAAGGUUUAGAUUGGUUAAUGGAUGUAAUAAAAGAUGAACAAAUGUUGUAA